GCUCAGUAGAGACCCCUCUCGUUGGCAAAUUUCUCUCGUACUCUUCGCGCUUGUAAUCGUUUCUGCCUAAACUGCUAGAUGAAUUCGUUCUGGGCAAGAAAUUUCACGUUGGGUGGUCUUCCAUUUCCUGUUUCGAUACGUGUUUGCAGACUUCUUCAUGACAUUGCAGAACUCGAAACAUUCCUCGCUGCGGAUCCUGCUCCUUGGUGAGAGAAUGCCGAUAACGCUAGUUUGAGGCUGAGAGGCGCGGAGGACGGCAAUGUGUCGGUGCAGCGUGUUACGAGAAUCUUGAUAUUUUUGCAAGUAGACCCAACGAUGGCGGAAUCAUUAUAGGGUUUUCCUUUUUGUGGGUAUGGAGGGACACGGGUUCUUACUGAGGGAAAUUAUUAGCGGCUUUUGGUUUGUUCCACAGUUUAAUCGUAUUUGUGGUUGGGAUUCUCGUGUGGGAGAGGUCACGCUCGAGUGGUUUUGUGUGGACUUUUUGUUGUUUUUGUAAUUCUCUUGUGGGAUAUUUGAACUUGUCGUUGUGCUUCGCAGACUACCAGUUCUCGGUGUAAUCUUCCUGUUUAGCUUACGGUAGUCAGCACCAAGUCGUGAGUCGACGUCGUAAGUUACUUCUCAUUUUUGGGCGGACUUUUCACAGCUUUGUGUCUCGUUUCAGGCAUACUAUUUGAACGCAUCAUCAAUAUCUGAAAAUUUGUGAUUUGUGAGGAAUUAGGGUUUUCAAGGCCGUUGACUCUGGUAGUUGCACAGAGGGUUUAGAAGAAAAAGCAGCAAUGUUUUUUCUGUAUAGAGGCGAACUUCACAAGGUCUCUGGGAUUCCACGCCGGUGGCCACUUCCGCAACCGACCAUCUCGCUAUCUGCAUUUAGACAAGCGCUGGAAAAACGAAAUGACGCUUUGCGCAGCAUUUUCGCAACCCCUCGCUUUACUACCUCCUGCCUAACACGCCAAGAAACUUGUGUCUCUGGCUCCCAAAAUGUUUCACCUACACAUGUUCAUGCUAUUGAAGGACCCAGAGAGGAUCCAGAGACGGACAUUGGACGAGAAGGGCGGGGAGAGAGUGAUGGUCAGGUCAAGGAAGAUUACAUGGAUGAAGAUAUUGAUGAUGCGGGAGAAGAUGGAGAAGACCGGAAUAUGCAAGGACGAAAGACCCGACAUGGAAGCUACGAAGAGGGACACAGGGAUGGAAGCAUACCCAUGGAAGAUUCUUCUGCUCCGACUCUAUCUAGAGAUCACUCCCUCGAUAACAACAAGCCUCGGCGCGAACCUAAACCAGAAUGCACAGAUGUAGCGGAUAUGGAAGAUCAUGUGGAUUGUAAGGAAAGAAAGAAAAGGAAAAGAGAGGAAGCCCCUCCAAUUGAGGCAAAGAAGGGUAGGGUGAAGGUGAAGGAGGAGGUUGUAGCUACUGGCGCACCGGUUGCUGUCGAGCCUGCGGCACUUGACGCAGUAGCACGUGAGGUGAUGGAAUUGGACCAGAAAGUUGUGGAGAAUGAGGCUGGGGAUAGGGGUAACCUCGAAAACGAUAGCACUGAAAAAGAAGGACCACAUGGUAAUCCAGAAUUAGCAUUGAUAGUGAAGGAGGGUGAUGGUCAGACGGAAGUGAAUCAUGAUGAAGAACGGGAUUUUGUCAAAGUGGAAGCUCCUUCUACACCACCUGUACAUUCCGAGGAACUAAAUAUCGGAAAGCCUACGGAAGGGAAAGAACAAGCUGGGGAGGCCAAAGUAACAGAAGACGCAGCAGGUGGCAAGAAGGCAGAGUUGGAGGCUAAACUUGAAAAGUUGACCGCUGAAAAACAUCACCUUGUACAAAUGUUGAAGCAGGUGUUGAGCACUGAGAAGGUAUCAAAGAAAAAAGUUCAGAGUGCAACCCAGUCUCUAUCUGCUCCGGGACCUUCUUCUGCUCCUGGGCUCUUAUCUGCGUCUCAAGAUGUCCCAAGCAGUACAGAUGUGCCUGCCGCACCAGUUGUGCAUUCAGAGACUGCUAGUGCAGCUGGCGCUGAAGUCACUCCUAAAGUAGAUGUGCAUACUGCAUCACGUCACUCACAGGUUCGGUCUCAUAAGUUAGGACGUCAACUAAAUGCGUCACGGCUUGUUCAGGUGUUAAGCACUGAAGAAGAAUCAAAGAAAAAGACACACAAUGCGUCUCAGACGUCACCCACUCCUGGACUCCCAUUUGCUUCUCAGGCAGCUUCUAUCAGUGCCGAGGUACCUUCUGCCCCUGUCGUGCAGUUAGAAACUGCUAAUGCGGGUGGCGGUGAAGUCCAAGCUUCAGCAGAUCUUGAAGAAGGGGAGUUGGAGUAUGCAAGAACACCUAGUCCACCGCCCUCUCAUGCAACGAUUGCAUCACACCCCGCAAGCCACGGAACACAUUCUUCUCAUGGAGCGACUCCUGCAUUGGGUCCAUUGCUUGGCAGACAGCCACAACACUUGAAUCAGGGUGGAUCAGCACGGGGUGGUUAUUAUCCACAGGGAUUAGGCCUCCCGUCUCCAAGUUCAGCUGCCGCAGCAGCUUUAGUGGGUGCAAUAUCCCCAGGGACUGGUUACAUGCCCCUUGUCAAUCGGCCUUAUCAACACCAAAUGGUAAUGCAGCACGCAGCAGCAGCAGCAGCAUUACAUGCUCAGAAGGUUGCAGCAGCAGCGGCCGCUGCUGGUCACUCUCACAUGAGCCCCAUUCUAGGAGGAGGAGGACCGGCAGGCUCCGGCAAUGGGAUUUCUAAUGGACCGCCUGGCUUUGGUAGUUAUGGAGUCCCUCCAGCUGUGCAUGGGCACCAUAUGCCUCAGGGCGCUUCUCCGGGAGCUAGCCACAUUGCAGCACAACAAGGAGCUUCUCCUUCUCUUCUCACCACUCCAAGAGGUGCUCCUUACCAUGACGCUAGAUGAGAGUCACAGACAAAGGCAGGUUGUGGGGAAAGAUGUUCCAAUGGUUCUGAGAUGAGGCACAUGGCAUCUGUGUAUAUUGGAAAUGUCUAUCCUCUGCAAGGCCUGUUUAUGGCGACAGGGCAGCAGCAUGGGGAGCAAUGCUGUUUAGACAUAUGGUAACUUAUCGGAAUGGUCAUGUCCAUAUCAAUUUGUCAUGGUGUAAUUUACUGUAAAACUUCUUCACAAUUGUCAACAUGUUUCAGGAUGUUGUGAGGUUUUUUUGUUAGAUUGAGAUGGUAGGUUAGGAAUCAGGUUGAUAGGUGUAUAUAAUGGUAUGUAGAGAUCUAAGUGGAUAUGGUUUAUGUCAGCAACACAAUCAAUCUAUGAGGGUUGACAGUGUUGCAUUGAGGAAUGAUAAGGUGAGGUUUCAGGUAUGUGAAUUAAUUCACAAAGGUACUUAUAUGCAUGUGAGCAAUACUGUCCUUACUUGUAAGUAUCUAUUUCUUUUAAACUAGAAUUAGCAUAGAUAACCAUGUUUCAUUUCCAAGCAAAUGUACUGAUAUUGUUGAAUGUCAAAAUGUUUGCUCAA